AUGAGUGAGAGCGUCGAGAUCUUAGCAGGAGAGAGGAACCAUCAGACAGAUACUAUAUUAAAUAGCAAACCUGACAAGAUGGCCUACAGAAAGGAUCGAAAGUACUGGUUCGUCUGUGAUCCGUGUGGAAUUGUGUGUGCUGUGAUGACUUACUUCCUCAUCGUGUAUGGAGAGGUGGUGGUGUUAGUGGUACUUGCUCCUCCGUUCCCUACGUUUUGGACAGGAGUGUCUGUGGCCAUCUUCACCACCCUCGCUGUGCUGGCUGUGGUCUCACACGUAAAGUCCAUGACCACUGAUCCCGGUGUGGUACCUCGAGAGAGCUCCUCAGAGGAGGAGGUGCUGGAGAGACGUCAGAAAGGGGAUGAGAUUCGGUUUUGUAAGAAGUGCCGUAGCAUCAAGCCGGACAGAGCUCAUCAUUGCAGUACCUGUGAACAUUGCAUUCAGCGAAUGGACCACCACUGCCCAUGGAUCAACAAUUGUGUCGGAGAGAACAACCAAAAGUUUUUUGUCCUAUUCACAUUCUACAUCAUGUCCAUGUCCAUCUUUGGUCUGGGCAUGGUUGGUCUGUUUUUCUUCCGCUGUGUUGGCCAAAACUUCCAGGGCUGUGAUGCCCUCGUCCCCGGUCCACUGGCGUUCAUUCUCACUCUGUUUGGAGUGUUUGAAGGUUUUCUCUUCUCUCUCUUUACUUGCAUCAUGUUUGGGACCCAGAUUCAUGCCAUUGCCACCGACGAAACAGGCAUAGAGUCUCUCAAGAAGGAGAACAGAGAUCAAAAAGGAUGGCGGCAGAGCUUUGAGGAGAUAUUCGGGAGUCCCCUGUCAGUCAAGUGGUUGAGUCCCUUCACUCCUCCACCCAACGCACCACUCCUUCGUAGGCGUCUAUUACUAAACGUUUGAACACUUUUCAUUUCUUUUCUAGUUGGUACCAUCUUUUAAUGUAGUGUGUGUUUUUAUUGUGAAUUUAAUCUGAAAAUGGUCGUCAAAAUUUAGGAA